UGUUGAGAAGAAGAAGAAUCAGCAGUCCAUUAAGCGAUUUGUCAAAGUUUUCCAGUGUUUUCCCAGCGUUGAGGUUGUUCCUUAUUUAUUUAGUUAAAAUGGCCCAUUACAAGGGGGCUGCAAGCGAAGCUGGGCGAGCAAUGCAGCUCAUGAAGAAGCGUGAGAUCGCCCAACAGGAAAUCGAGUUCCGUAAGAAGAAAAUCGAAGAGGAUUUGAAAUUGUCCAACAUCGAAAACAAGUUCGCCAGCCACUAUGAUGCCGUGGAACAGCAACUUAAAACCUCGACAAUUGGUCUGGUUACGCUUGAUGAAAUGAAGGCUAAACAGGAGGACAUAGUCCGCGAACGUGAAAAGAAGUUGGCACAGAAAAAGGAGGAGAAAGAUCGAGAGAAGCUUAAAGCGUUGGAAGCCAAACAAGCUGAGAAGAGCAAGCAACGCAGACAGAUCCAGUCAUUGUCCUUCAACUUGGACGAGGAUGAAGAAGAAGGAGAUGAGGAGUCUGAAGAUGAUGGAGGUUCGUGGCGGACAAAGACUGGAGCGCCGGCCAUGAAGAAGCCUCGCAAAAAUCCAGACGUUGACACGUCCUUCCUACCCGAUCGAGAACGCGAGGAACGUGAAAAUAGAAUGCGUGAGGAGUUACGACAGGAGUGGGUAGCACAGCAAGCAACUCUUAAGGAUCAGGAGAUCACGAUUACCUUCAGCUAUUGGGACGGCUCUGGACAUCGACGCAGUGUGACUAUGAAAAAGGGCAAUUCAAUUUACCAGUUCCUACAGAAGUGCCUGGAGAUCCUCCGCAAGGAGUUCAAUGAGCUGAAAACGGUCAUGGCGGACCAGCUGAUGUACGUGAAGGAGGAUUUGAUACUGCCGCACCAUUACACGUUCUAUGAUUUCAUCGUGACUAAGGCUCGGGGUAAGAGCGGGCCCCUGUUCCAGUUCGAUGUGCAUGACGAUAUCCGGAUGAUCAGCGACGCUACUAUCGAGAAAGAAGAGUCGCACGCAGGCAAGGUGCUACUUCGCUCCUGGUACGAACGUAACAAGCAUAUAUUCCCUGCCAGCCGUUGGGAGCCAUACGACCCAACCAAGACCUAUGACAAGUACACGAUAAAGGACAAGGGGAAGCGAACCUGAAUUGAUUCUCUGGGAGCCAUCUUGUGUUCGUUAGGUUAAGACUAUUUUGUAAGCCGUAAAUAAGCAAUAAAACUCGUAGCGUAAUCGAAAAA